CCAGCGUAAUGCACGCGGAGAAUAAACAGAUCCCCUCAGAAAAUUUCAGGGAAUAAAACAUCUUUGAUCGGCGAUGAAGAAGACAUAUCCAGGAAUAUCGAGAAGUCAAGAGAAGUUUUUUUUGUGACAACAUGUUAGUUUACAAUCGUCCCGUGACAAUAUUAUUGUGCUUGGUUCAGAUUUAACCUCAUCACACUCAUGGCAGCAUGUUUGAAAAUUUCUAUCAUCAAAUUGACAAAGAGCUUGGACCCCUUAAUCCAGACUGGUUUGAGGAGUUGACUGCAAAAGCUUCCCGAGAUGAAGGUCGUCCUGACAGUUUUAAAGCAGAGUGGGAAGAGGAAACUGUCAAAGAACCAGAGACAUCAGCCCUGGCCAGUCAGUUGAAUUCAACACCCAAAAUAUUUAAGCAACAACAGUUUCAGUCCCCUGAUUCCAUUCCUAAUGAAGAGUCACCUUAUGAAGACAUAUCAGCUUUUCCCUGGUCAGAAUCGAGCCCUUGUUUGUUUGGCUCAGCCAAAGCCAGAUCUGAUAGAUCAUGUGAAAAACCUAGAGAUUGCUUUGGCCUUCUGGAGACACCAAAAAGGUCUUUGGCACGUUCAGCAAAACUGAUAUCUGAGAGCCUUGGGGCACAAAUCAACCCUGAUUUAUCUUGGACCAGCUCAUUUAACACACCAUCCUCUUUGACUCCUACUGUGAUAUUGCCAAAAACAGAGGAUCGUGCUCCCUCAUCAAGUGGCCUCAAAGACAAGGAAGCAAUUUUUGUGCGGAAACUGUUCCCAUCUCUUUCAAAAAGCUCUGCAAGCACUGCGUCAUUAAAUGAUACAACAUUGAAACGAGAUGCCAAAAGUGAGACUAUUCAGGUUGAUGACUUGGGAGAAAAUCCUGUUUGCUCUCCAAAUGCCUCUCUGGAUACAAGCGGUCUGUGGAAGCAGACGGUUCCCAGCGCUAUAGAGGAUGGGGAUGUCCGGACCACAGUGCAGAAUGUUCUUGAUGGUGCUGAGGACGCAUUAUCAAUAUUCUUCAGCAACAGUACUUCAACUCUGCGGAGAAUCAAAACCAAAGAGAGGAUCAGAAGGAGAAUAUCCGAUUCUUCAAAGGAUGUCAAAUCGGUUGUUUUAACUACAGGGCCAGAAGACAUAUUAAAGGCUGAUGUAGAAACAAAAAGCCCAAACAAAAAUAAAGACAUCAUUCAGUGGACCCCACUAAGUUUAUCCGAAUGUAUUUUAUUGAAUGGAGACGGAGACUGUUCAGGGGCGUCUUUGAUGAACAAUCACAACACUGUAGCAUCCUGUGAAACGGAUGGUUUUACUGUUUUCAACUGCACUGGAGAAAGUAGCCAAACUUUUUCACAGAGUGUAAGACUCAAAUCUUAUCCAGCAGAAACGGAGCGUCAUAAGACUUCAUCUGCUUUCAUGAAAUCACCUGCUUUCAUGCUCACUAGAAAGUCCAGGAAGUUUGUAUAUCAAGUGCCAAAUUCCGAUUUGUCAAAGACUGUAAUUGAGCACAAAGCAGCUCUUCCAGUAUGUUCGGACCAUACUGACAAAGAAAAUUCCUCAUUUGAAAAGGAGUCUUGUGACCUUAACAAAUACAGAUUCGCCAGUGAAUAUGCAAUCAAUAAUCAGACAACGCUGCAAGCCGUCGAACCGUUAUCUACAGAACCCCAUGAUUUGGACCCCGGAUUGGAUAUGACACAGCUUUCCAAAGCAUUUGCAGAGGAUUUCACACAAGAAAUAAGGCCUGGAUUGCUGCUUGACGUGCCUGUGAAGAGUGACCAAAAUUACCAAGAGCAACCUAAAGCUGAGUUUGAAGAGAACAAAGUUGGGAAUCACAAUGACAUCUCUAAUUUAGCAGAAAUGUCUGUCAACUCCCCAAACAAGUCAACGGUCAUGCUCACAACUUUUGAUAUCAGUCAUGAUAGUGGUUGCCCCACUACCUUUUCAGAUUUGGAUGGUACGACAGCCUCAUGCGCAGACCUCAAGGAGUUUUGUCCUACAUUUCAAACUGCAAACAACAAGGCUAUUUUCGUACCAAGUGAGGCUGUAAUGAAGGCCAAAGCAUCAUUGGAUGAAGCUGCAGGGGACGGUUUGAGCAUCACUUUAAAUCAAACAACUCCAAAACAUUAUCAAACAAUUGAAACAUUGUGCAAAUCAGUUUCAGGAAGCACUAAUGCAACCAGAUCUUCUGUAGGACAGUUCAUCUUCCCCAACCAUGCAUCAAUAACGUGUGUUAGUGAUGUGCCAAAAAGUGACAGUCCAAAUAGGUUUAAAAUGAAUAUUUCAAGUUACUCUUCGCCACAGUCAAAUGAAUCUGAUUAUAAAACGGGUUCAAAGAGGAAUAGUACAGCUUUAGAUGUUAGCCUUCAAACAGAGACUCUUUUGAAAGCGAAAUUGUGGAGAGAUUCAUCAAAGUGCAUUAAUCAGAAACUGGAUUUUAAAAGAAGUGCUGAAAGACAGGCUGUGUCCAACAUUACCAGCACACACAAACCCACUGCAGUGGACUCCAGCUGUGAUGAUGAGAAGAAUGGUACUUUGACAGCUUCUCAAAAGGCUGAUGUUACAGAAUUGUGCAAUCUUUUGGAGGAAGCAAAUAGUCAACAUGAAUUUACCCAGCUCAAACCGACAAAUCUUGGCUCUGAGAACAACACCACUACAGAGAGAGAGUGGGAUCCUGACAUAGUCAACGGCAUCGACUUUGAUGAUAGUUUUAACUGUGAUUUUGUGAAAGGAAAGCAUCCAGUCAAGAAAGACGCUUCUUUGGUAAACAGUUCUGAUCAUAGUCAAAUUGUAGAUGCUGCCAAAUUAUGCACCAUGUCAAAGGAAACACGGAAUGGUACUGUGCCUUUGUCAGUGACGGAAGACAGUUCUUUAGUUGAUGGACUGAAGAAUGUGCUGUCUAAUUUUACUGAUAAUACUCAGUUCCACUGCCUUGGAUUUAAAACUGCUGAAGGGAAACUUAUAAGCAUCUCUGAAAAGAGUUUAAACAACGCAAAGAACUUUUUUGAAGAGGAUGGUCAAGAAGUGGAUUUUGGCGUAAAAAAAUUGGAGUAUUCUGAUACUUCUGACAGUAUAAGCACAGAAAAUAAAACCCAUGUAAAAAAACUUGGAACUUGCAAGCAAGACAGCUUGGAGUUGCAAACUUGCGUACUCGCUCUCCACGCUUCUGGAAAACACGAUGCCUCUAUGUCUAAGAAAGGCCUUCAGAAAACAAAAGCUGUUUCUUGGAGUGAACCCUCUAUAAAAAUGAAUCAGCGAGACUCAGUGGUGGGAAAUCAAAUAUCUGAUGUUCCGGAUAUUCCUUCCUUUAGCAGUGAGAAUGUCUUCCAAGAACAAAAAUCUAGCAAUGAUGCUAAAGAAGUUUGUGCAAAUAUAUUUCCCUCAGAUACGUUUGUGCCUCAGUCAGGGCAAGGCUAUGGUUUUCAGACCGCCAGUGGGAAAGCAGUUUCUGUUUCAGCCAGCACCCUUAAGAAGGCAAAGGGCAUAUUCAAAGACUGUGAUUCAAAUAUUAACAGCUUGGAAUCUGCAAUUAUGGAGGGAAAGAAUGACAAACCAGUUGAAAUACUUGAACAAACAAAUGCGUUCAUUUCAAAUUGUAAAAAUGUUUCAUUUUCAAAUGUGGAAAAGGCCAAAACUGUUCUCGGGGACACUGAUCUAAUUAAUGACUUCUCAUUGCAGUCCUCUUUGGACCAGCAAACCCCUCAGGAAAAAGUAUGUGAGAAAAAAGACAUUCAAAAUGAAUUCCCCAAGCAUCUCUCUGAGUUGCUUCCUCUUAACGGCACCUGUGGUUUCAGCACAGCCAGUGGUAAGAAGGUAUCCAUCUCAGCUGGAGCACUACAGAGAGCUAAAGAUGUAUUUUUUGAGUCAGUUGAUGAUAUCGAAUGUGCUAAUAGUUCUCCAAAGACAAAGCAGGUUGUCGAUAUCAAAACGGACUAUGUUUCCUCAAGAGAACACAAAGGAUUCUGUACAGCAGGUGGGAUGAAAGUGACUGUCUCUGCUACUGGGCUACAAAGGGCAAAGGAUAUCUUCAGAGAUUGUGAAGAGGAGAGUUUAUCAUCCCAAGAUCGUCUGCACCAAAACUGUAAAGGUUUCAGCAAUGUCUCAGAAAAGACUCUGAUUAAGGUAAAACCAAAAUUUGCAGGUUCCAGUGACGUCCCUUUCAGCCAUGAGCCUGAAACUGGGAAUUCUCCAGGAAAAACGGUAGGAUUCUCUACAGCAGGUGGAAAGAAGGUGGACAUUUCUGCCACUGCUCUUCAGAGGGCCAAAAGUCUGUUUAAUGAUUGUGAAGAGGAGGUAGCUUCUGUGAGUCUUCAGCACCAAGCCUGUAAAGAUUUCAGCACUGCCAGUGGCAAAGAUGUUACUGUCUCUGAAAAAGCACUGAUGGACGUCAGAGCGGCAUUUGCAGGUUGUGAGGAUGCCUCGUUCAGUCGUGACCUUAAGAUUUCUUCAGGAAACAAUGUUGGAUUCUCUACAGCAGGUGGGAAGAAGGUUGCCAUCUCUGCUACUGCACUUCAGAAGGCCAAGAGUCUUUUUAAUGAUUGUGAAGAGGAGAAUUUAGCCUCUGGGAGUCUACAGCACCAAGACUGUAAAGGUUUCAGCACUGCCAGUGGCAAAGAUGUUGCUGUCUCCGAAAAAGCACUGAGGGAGGUUAGAGCAGCAUUUGCAGGUUGUGAGGAUGCCUCGUUCAGUCAUGACCCUAAAAAUUCUUCAGGAAACAAUGUUGGAUUCUCUACAGCAGGUGGGAAGAAGGUUGCCAUCUCUGCUACUGCACUUCAGAAGGCCAAGAGUCUUUUUAAUGAUUGUGAAGAGGAGAAUUUAGCCUCUGGGAGUCUUCAGCACCAAGACUGUAAAGGUUUCAGCACUGCCAGCGGCAAAGAUGUUACUGUCUCUGAAAAAGCACUAAGGGAUGUUAGAGCGGCAUUUUCAGGUUGUGAGGAUGCCUCGUUUAGUCAUGAGCCUAAACAUUCUUCAGGAAACAAUAUAGGAUUCUCCACAGCAGGUGGGAAGAAGGUGGCCAUCUCUGCUACUGCACUCCACAGGGCCAAAAGUCUCUUUAAAGUUUGUGAAGAGGAAAAUCUCACAUCUAUGGAACUUUCAUUAGAAAAAGUACUGCCUCAGACUAAGAGUUCUCACAGAAAAAGUGAGGACACUGUGGAUGAAAACCUAAAGUUUGAACAACUAAAAAAGAAAAACUGUCGUUUCAGCACUGCUAGUGGUAAAGGUGUGUCUGUAUCAAAAGUUGCCCUUGAGGAAGCUUCUAAAUUAUUCAGAGACUGUGAUGCCCAAGUAACAUCUACUGAUAACCAACUGCUACAGAGUGAUUUCUCAAAACAUUGUACUCCACAUAAAGAGAGACAAUCCGAAACCACUCUACUUCCUUUGCCAUCUAAAGUUACGCAGAAUAUACCUGCACAACUAGACUUGAACUCUUUGGAUUUUAAAAGUUGCACAGAAACCCAGCAGGAGUACUUUGAGCAGGAAGCGAUGGCUUGCACUGAAGCUUUACUGGCAGAUGAUGACCUGAAUGAAUCGGCCAAGUUGGUGAUGUCAGAGGGCACUGAUUACCAAGAACGUCUAUCUAUUAAUGAUCGACAGACACAGGGGUCAUUUGAUCAGAACAGGAGGAGAAAACGUCAGUUUGAUUCAUGCAGUAUAGCAGACACAGGGCAGCCUCCUUUGAAAAGACAACUUCUCUCUGAAUUUGACCGGACUUUAGAUGCAAAAUCCUCUGGCCUCAAACCACUAAAAAGUUGUCCGACUGGAACUCUAAAAGACAGACGCGUCUUCAAAUAUAAUGUCCUUCUUAAGCCGAAUGUCACUGCUCCCAAUUGGCAUCAUGUUGGCGAAAAGUCAAAUUACCUCGAAAACCAUUGUUCUACUGUGUCUGUUCAAAACAGACGCAACUCAGACACCAAAGGAUGGGUGUUUGUGUCCCCUUUUCAGGAGGUUAUGAUGACUGGUACAUCAAACUGUCAACAUGUUUCUAAAGUCUCCAGUGGUUUUAUGCCACCUUUCAAGAAGGAAAACAAAGAAAAAACUGAUCAUAGCAAUCAGAUGGACCAAAAGGUGAAGGCUUCUACUUCACAUAGUGACAGUAACCUACAUGAGGGUUUUAAGCCUAAAUCAACCACAUCAUUGGAAAGCGGAGUGAAAAUCAUGAAAUCUAAAGAGAAAGACACUGAGGUAGGGCAGGAGACCUUGGACCUCGCCAGGGAUAUGCAAGACAUGAGGCUAAGAAAGAAGAAAAGGCAGACUAUUCGUCCUCUACCUGGCAGCCUUUACCUUGCUAAGACUUCUGGUGUCCCCAGAAUUGGUCUGAGAUUUGCAGUUGGAUGCAAAUGUCCUGGUCAAUACACAAAGGAAGAGCUUUAUCAGCAUGGUGUUCAUCAGAAAGUCUCAAAAAUAACCAGUGAAAAUGCUGAAUCAUUCCGAUUUGACUGUAAUGACUUCUUCAAACGUGAGCAGCUCAUUGAGUCUGGUGCUGUCCAGCUGGCAGAUGGAGGCUGGUUGGUUCCAGACAGUAAGGGUACUGUGGGCAAAGAAGAAUUUUAUAGUGCAUUGUGUGACACCCCUGGUGUUGACCCCAAACUGAUCAGUGAUGCCUGGGUGUUUAACCACUACCGAUGGAUUGUAUGGAAAAGGGCCUCCAUGGAAAGAUCCUUUCCAGUUUUGAUGGGUAGCCGGUGUUUGACUCCAGAGCAAGUACUUCUGCAGCUGAAAUUCAGAUAUGAUGUGGAGGUGGAUCACAGUCAUAGAUCUGCUCUUAGGAGGAUCAUGGAGAGGGACGACACUCCAGCAAAGACAUUAGUGCUUUGUGUAUGUGGUGUUGCUAAAACUUGUCAAAAUCCAGAGAAGCCAGUGAAAGAUGAAAAAACUCCCAAUGCAAAGAUGGAGUCCUGUGUGAUCUGGCUCACAGACGGCUGGUACGCCAUCAAAGGCAUCUUGGACCCUCCGCUCUCUGCCAUGCUGAACAAGAACCGUCUCCGAAUCGGUGAUAAGAUUGUUACUAGUGGAGCAGAGUUGGUUGGCUCCCAAGAAGCCUGUACUCCACUAGAAGCUCCUGAAUCUCUGAUGCUAAAGAUUUCAGCCAACAGCACAAGACGAGCUCGAUGGGACACUAAGUUGGGGUAUUAUCGUGACCCUCGGCCUAUCAGGCUCCAGCUAUCCUCAUUGUACCCUGCUGGCGGUGUUGUGAGCUGUGUGAACAUUGUGGUGUUGAGAAGUUACCCCACUCAGUGGAUGGAGAAGAAGCCCAACGGUGUCUUUAUAUUUCGCAACGAUCGUGCUGAAGAGCGAGAAGCCAGAAAACACAGCAACUCAAAGCACAAAUCCAUGGAUCUCGUUAUUUCUAAAAUACAGACCCAGUUUGAAAAAGAAAUGGAAGGUAAUAAGAAAUGUCGAAAGCAAAGGAGAACAUUUAGUCGACAUGAGAUUGAAGCUCUGCAGGAUGGGGAAGAGUUGCAUGAGGCAAUGGAACAGGAUCCUGCUGUUGAGACCCAUGUAAGUGAGAGGCAGAUGGAGGCUGUGAGUAAGUACAGACGCUGUCUAGAGGAAAGAAGUCAAGCGGAGCUGCAGGAGCGUGUGCAGAAGGCUAUAUUGGAAGCCCAAGAGGCUGAGGGUGGGUGUCCCAAUCGAGAUGUCACUCCUGUUUGGAAGCUCAGCAUUACCGACGCCAAUGACCUGCAGAACGACCGUGUUUACACUCUGAAUAUCUGGCGGCCGUCGCGGGACUUGCAUGGCUUGCUAAGAGAGGGCCACAGAUACAGGGCGUAUCACCUCGCCACAUCUGAGGGGAAGAAACGCUCAGGCAUUGCUCACAUACAACUCACUGCCACCAAGAAAACUCUCUUUCAAGAUAUUGAGGUGUCUCCGGAAUGGUUGCAUCAGCAUUUCCUUGCUCGAGAGUGCGUACGUUUCAGAGAACUUCAAAACUCUCAAUUCAGCUCUCCUUGUGGGGAGGUGGACAUUGUGGGAUAUAUUGUCUCCAUUGUGGGCAAACAAGGAAAUUGCCCGGUACUGCAUCUUGUGGAUGAGAACUUUGAUCUGGUCUCUGUGAGAACCUACAGUAGUCUGGAGCAAUUGGCUGUUGAAGAGCUGGUAAAGCCACGAGCACUGAUUGCGCUUAGUAAUCUUCAGGUGAGACCUCUUUCUGGGCCUGUGCCAAGCCUUUGUGCUGGAGAACAAGCACUAUUCUCCGUAAACCCCAAGGAAUCCCAUCUGCAAGAAGCUAUGGCCCAUCUGAAGACUUUUGCACAGACUUGUGAGGAGUUUUUCAGCAUUGCGGAGGAGAAAGUCUCAGAUGUGGUUCCUUCAGGUGCCUUGGAUUGUUUUCAGUCUCCAAGAACCCCUAGUGUGCAGUUUUAUCCAAAAAUGAACGGCAGGGUAACCCCACAGCAGAAAAGCAGCGGUUUCUCGCCUUUCACCCCGUUGAAUAGAAGAACACCUGUGUCUGCAAGUAACAGUGAGGGAAAAGACCCCAUAUACUUGAAAAGAAGACAAGGUUUGGACUACUUAUCACGUAUCCCGUCCCCUCCACCAAUCACCCCCCUGAAAACUAGAGCUUCUCCCUGCGUUAGCAACACCUUUAAUCCUCCAAGGAGAUCUGUGACUCCUAAACCUCCACAGAAUGAGUCACCUCGAGCCUCGCGUCCCCCACCGGGAGAGGAGUGGGUGCAUGAUGAUGAGCUGGCGAUGAUUGACACCCAGGCUUGUCGUUACUGGAUGGGCUAAGGGAAGGCUGAUGGGAAAAGUGUGACUCAAGUCCAGCAUUCAAGUGGUUGAGAACUAUGGGUAAUGCAAGCACUGUUCACACUGUGUUGGCAGAGAAAGCAAAUGGCGUGGUUUUGCUUUCUGGUUUACUGUGUUUCUCUAAUUGUAAAUGAUUGGCAAGGUAUGCCCCUUUUUACAACUGCUGCUAUCAUUUUUAAACAUUCUUUCUUGUACUUGAUUGUGUACUACUAAAGUACUGAAGUUAGCAAUGUUCAGUGGAAACAGUAUAUGUAAAGUAUAUGUAAAAAUGGUUUAUAUAUUUAAAUUUUUUAUUAAAAGAUGGAAAGUAA